AGAUUAAACGUAUAUCUGUCUGAAUUAUCAUAAUGUAUAUGUUCUAAAGUUAUUUAUUAUUGAGAAAUUAUGCUUCAGAAAUGAGUAAUGAUAAGACAUACAGAUCGAUUCAGGUGCUGAAUUAAAAUUAGCAAAUUUAAAAACUGAUUCUAAAAAGGUAAUGUUCUUAAAUUUGGAUUGCAUCAUGUGGCAGUUUUAGGUGCAACUAAGAAGGCAAAAUUAGUCCGAAUUAUUUUUGAUGUUGAUCCAAUCUAAUUGGUUGUUUGGUUGUCUCAGUUAUGCAGAAGACAGGAUGUUCCAUUUGAAUUCAUUAAAGGUAACAUUCUUUGGAAUCACUUCAAUUAGAUAAGACAAGAUUAGGGCAUUGGUUCAUUCAAAGACAGCCAUUUAUGCAGCCUUGAGUGACUUUUGAAAGAGGAUCAAGCUGGAUUCGAUAAUUUAGUAAAGAAUUCAAUUUAAAUUAUUUUAAAAGGCUCGAGAUUUAAGAUAACAUUAUAAUGAGAACCAUGAGUUAGUAAUAACUAUUGAAGGAGGUUAAGUUGAAGUAAAAUCGAAGUAUUAAUAAGAGGCUUUAAAGAUAGCUUUAGAAUUGGAAGAACUGAAAAAAAAAC